UUGUUUUUAUUUUUGUAUGUGAUAGUCUUGUUUUGACUGUUUGGACUGCACAAACUGCAGAUGCAUUUUUUGCCUAUCUGUUCAUAUCUUAUAUGGACUAAAGUUGCCACUUUAGAAAGAAAAUAAGCUGCUCGACGAUAUGGUCAUGGAUGGGCUCGUUAAUGUUGGCUUGAUAUUAUGUCGGAACUUACUGUAAUUAUUGACAGAAAGUAUUGCUGAUGCUUCACAAGAAGUCAUGAGAUACGGGUCGAAACGGUUCGAUUCGAAACGGUACUAGUCGAAACGGUACGGAUCGAAACGGUUCGAUUAUUGUUCGAGUCAAUAAUUACAGAUUAAUGAUAUUAACGAGUCAAUAAUGACAGACUAAGGUACGGGACGAAACGGUUCGAUCCAAAACGGUUCGCGUCGAAACGGUACUGGUCGAAACGCGGUUCGAUUCGAAACGGUUCCCGUCGAAAUGGUUCGAGUCGAAACGAUACUAGUCGAAACGUUACGGGUCAAAACGGUACGGAACUCGUUCCCACCCGAAACUCGCUCGUGCGGAAAUAAAUCAAAGUGCUGGUGUUAGCUUAUGAAAGCUCAUCAGCCUACUAAAAAGCCACCACCGGUUAGCUUGAUUUUUGCUUCAUGUUUUUGGAAAAAUUAUCUUAUAUGUAAUACGGAUAUCUGAAAUGCUUAGAUCUUUUAGAUUCAGUAUUAUCUAUCCUAUACAAACCCAAAAUUAUUGGUGAAGAACAUUAUUAAGGAACUCCAAAUAUGAAAUUUUAUGGUAAAGCUAUACAGUUUAACCGGGUGGGCAAUCAUUAACAUUUAUUUACCAGCAUUUAGCCUAAAAUAACAAUUAAUGACCUGUUUGACCUUAAUCGUCCAAAAUCAAAUCUAGUUGUCUCGCGCCCACAACAAAGCCCGACUGUGGCGGUGCUGAUGCCAUCCGCGCGGCCACGGUGGCAAGGCCACGCCCCCUUUACCACUGCAUAACACACAACCUUAGUAUAUAUAUAUAUAUAUAGGAAUUCGCUAGCUUAGUUAUAUAAACCUAGUUGUUAACUACCCACACGCUAAGUUUGGCCUUCACGUAGUCACCCUUUUGCCUAGGGGUGCUAAACGGGUCAUGUUCAUGGGUUGGCGGGUUCAACCCGAUCCAAACCCAAAAAUUGUAGACGAACCCAAACCCGACCUGGACCCGAACCCGAAAAUCGUAUCAUACGAACCCGAACCCGACCCGAAUAUUUGCAUGUCGACCUGAACCCGGCCCGUUCAAACCGAAUAUUUUUUUUUUAUUUUUUCGGCAAUCUAAUAUAUUAACAUCUACUAAAAAAAACACAAAUUUAAGUACUAAAAAACCAAAUAUUUUUUUAUUUUUUUCAGCAAUCUAAUAUAUCAAAAUUAACCCCUACUUUUGCCCACUUCCUAAUAAAAUAAAAAAAAAUCCCUCCUAAUGUACAUUUCCCCCAAUUUCAAACCAGAGAAUCGUAUCUUCAUGCUUCAAAAAUAGGGGCACUUUCAAAUAAAAUAAAAAAUUUUAAAUCCUAAUUGUUCCCUAAACCGCCCCCGCCUCUUCUCCCCUGCUGAUCCAUAAACCGCCCCUGCAUCUACUCCUUUAUCGGCUUCAGUUCUCCGAUUCACUUUGUAAUCCAUCAAAGUUUGCUACACGGCCGGUCACACUUCCACUAUUAUCCUUUAGUUCUCCAAAUCACUUCGUCUAAUGGCAAAGAAAAGCAAACAAAGUCAAAGCGUACAAAGACAAGACAACGAGUAUUUGAUAGCUAGGGACUUGAGGGUUCAAGAAAACAAUAGAAAAAUGCAAGAAUUGGGAUUGAAGACCAUUGCAAAUUCUUUGACAAGCUUAACAGGAAGUCAAAAGAUGAAGAACAAGAAAGUGAAACCAACAUACCAUAAUGCGAGAGACGAAGACUAUAACCCUGGUUAUAGUGAUGAUAAUGAGGAAGAAUACUCUGAAGUUAAUACAAAUGUUGAAGCAUCUAAAAAGCAACAUCGUCCACGAUAUAUUGCACCAAUGUCCUUGAAUAAAAUUGCUAAAUUAGCAAAGCAACAUCGAGUGAUCGCCCCAAAAGUCUCGGAUUCAAACACAAUGAAAGCCAAUCAUUCUAAAGCAACACUUAGCAUGGGUGAAUUAAUUUCAAGUAAUAAAGGGACAAAGCAAAGGGCAUUCACACAAAAUUUGGAAAAGCCCGCUUGUAUUAAACACGGAUUAAAGAAACGUUUGGUUCUGGUUGAUAAAAUAUGGGAGUAUGUCUUGGAAAAAUACGACGUACCCUAUGCUGCUAAAACAUGGGUUUUAAAGACUAUUGGAAACGACUACAAGGUACACAAAUGUAGGUUCAAGAAAAAACACUUCUAUCGAUAUAAGGACAACAAAACAAGAUUGAUGAACCGACCUAAAAACAUUUCGGCUGAUGAUUUCUCACAAUUGUUGAGGUUGUGGAGUAAUAAGGACGUAGAGAAGCGUUGUUUGCGGGCUAAGGAAAUUCGCAUGUCUCAAAAGAAUAUGCACACAGCCGGCCCAAAAAGUUUCGCUAGAGUGCGUGAAGAGAUGAGAAACGAUGACCCAAACAAGGAAUUACCUAGCUUAACCAAAGUGUUUGAACGUACACGGAAAAGGACCGAAGGACGUUCAUAUCUUGAUACAUAUGAUGAUACGGCAAUGAAAAUUGAACAAAUGAAAAAUUACAAACCUCCCGAAGAUAGAAGUGAUUUGGUGGAUCCUUUUACAGUUGUAAUGAACAAGGAGCAUGAUGGCUACCUUCGACUUUAUGGUAGGGGUGUUACUAAAAAAAUGUUGAAAAAAAUGGAUGGUGGUGAAGAACCAUACAUGAUUCCGGGUGGGCUUAUGGAAUCAUUCCAAGCAAGCCUUGAAGUUGAAAAAACCCAAUUAUUUGAAAUGAGAAAAGAAAUUGAAGAUGAUCAUCAAAGGAAAAAAGCUGAGAUAGAAGCUAUGAAGAAAGAUUUUCACAGCCAACAAGGACACUUUGAAUCUAGGAUACAAAGUAUUUUCAAAAAACUACCAAUUGAAGUACUUCAAGACCUUCAAGACGAGUAGAAAGUUUUUGUUGCUUUUUAUUAUUGUAAUCGACAAAUUUGUUUUCAUUACGUUGUUUUU